UUCCUGUUUUCAGUGGCUUGCAGAAAAGCUCUGGACAGUACCACAGUAGCAGCUCACGAAUCGGAAAUCUACUGCAAAACUUGUUAUGGGAGAAAAUACGGCCCCAAAGGCAUUGGCUUCGGACAAGGGGCAGGGUGUCUCAGCACUGACACUGGUGACCAUCUGGGCUUGAACCUGCAGCAGGGGUCACCAAAGCCUGCUCGCCCUUCUACACCAACUAAUCCUUCUUCCAAGUUUGCCAAAAAGAUGGUAGAUGUGGAUAAAUGUCCCCGCUGUGGCAAAUCAGUGUAUGCUGCAGAGAAGAUCAUGGGAGGAGGAAAACCUUGGCAUAAGACCUGCUUCCGCUGUGCUAUUUGUGGAAAGAGUUUAGAAUCUACAAAUGUUACAGACAAAGACGGAGAGCUCUACUGUAAAGUUUGCUAUGCAAAAAAUUUUGGUCCCAAAGGAAUUGGGUUUGGUGGCCUCACUCAAGUGGAAAAGAAAGAGUGCGAAUGAGAAGAAAUGGAUGCAACAGACAAACUGCUGUUGAUGCCACCAAGUGACAGCUGUCAAGUAAAACGUUAAACUUCACAUAUUGUUAAGAACCUAGGGCAUUUGUUUAAUAUUUUCCACUUUGCAGGAAAAACUUAUGAGUUUUUAUCUUAAGAAAUUCUUAGAAGAGCUUAAAAAAG